CAAAUGCCAGCACACUCAAACACAUGCAAUCCACUAACGAGAGCUCCGUUAGUCCGAGCUGCCUUCCGCCGCCGGUGGCAGCCCUCACCGCCUUUCCGAGACUCAGAGCCGGGAGCCCGCUGGGAGAGGAGCUCCUGCUGCCCGCACUACACAGAGCAGGAGAGCAGGGGAGCAGGGAGCUCAUUUAGGAGGCGGUAGAUAAUUCAACGGCAGCUCAUCGAGGAGGAGGAGAAAAGAGAAGGGAAGGUGAGUGAACGCAGUCCACUGUUGUUGCUGCUGCUGCUGCUGCUGCUGGAGAAGGAAGAAGAAGAAGAAGAGGAGGAGGUGGAGGAAGCUCAGUGUCUGGAGAGGCUGGAGGAGAAGCAUUAUCCUGCACAGACUCAGCUGGAGCAAACGGCAAGCAGUGACCAGAGCACCUCCUCCAGGCUUACAGAUGUGGACGGAGCACAGUGCAAGUUCUAGUCCUGGGUGUCUUGCCCAGUGAUUCAACCCCUGACAGGAGAGCAGAAGAAAGGCGGGCCAUGGGGAUGAGCCGGGGCCGGGGCGUUGACUGGCUCCUGCCAUUCCUGUUCUGGCUGAUGAUGAUAGCGGUGUCACCCACUUAUGGUCAAGGAUGUCCUCAGCGCUGUGAGUGCAUCACAAAACUCAAAACAGUGUCCUGUCAAGGUAAACGCCUGUCUGCAAUGCCAGAUGGCAUCCCAACGGACACUAAGGUCCUCGACCUGAGUGGGAAUAAACUCAGAUGGGUGGAGCAAGGUGACCUGCUUCCUUAUCAACGUCUGGAAAAACUGGACCUGAGUGAGAACAUGAUCAGUGUGCUGGAGCCGAAUGCUUUCUCAAGUCUGCAGAACCUGCAAACGCUUUCACUGAGAGGUAACCAGUUAAAACUUGUCCCCAUGGCGGCUUUCUCUCGUCUUGCUAACCUAACUUCACUGGACCUGAGUGGGAAUAAGAUUGUUAUUCUCUUGGAUUUUACCUUCCAAGACCUGAGAAGUCUAAGAAACCUUGAAGUUGGAGACAACGAUUUAGUUUAUAUUUCCAACAAGGCUUUUCUUGGUCUGGUGGGGCUGAGGGAGCUGACCAUUGAGAGGUGUAAUCUUACAUCAGUGUCCAGUCAGUCUCUGUCUUACCUGCAUAACCUGGUAACUCUACGGCUGCGCUACCUCAGCAUCUCCGCCUUAGAGGACCAGAACUUCCGUAAGCUUGGAAACCUGCGGGGCCUGGAAAUCGAUCACUGGCCCUUUCUGGAGUACAUAUCCCCCCACAGUCUGCAGGGUCUGAACUUAUCCUGGCUGUCCAUCACACACACCAACAUCACCACUGUGCCCACCUCCGCCCUGCGCAGCCUGGCUCACCUCACCAGCCUCAACCUCUCCUACAACCCCAUCUCUGUGCUGGAGUCGUGGGCGCUGCGGGACCUUGUCAGGCUAAAAGAGCUGCAUCUGGUCAACACUAACCUUGCAGUGGUGCAACCAUAUGCACUGGGUGGUCUAAGGCAAAUCCGUCUCCUUAACCUCUCCACUAACAGCCUGGUGACCCUGGAGGAGGGAGCGUUCCAGUCUGUGAACACUCUGGAGACGCUGCGAUUGGACGCAAACCCUCUGGCCUGCGACUGCCGUCUGCUGUGGAUCCUUCAACGCAGGAAGACCCUCAACUUCGAUGGCGCUGCCCCGGUGUGUACAACACCUGUGGAAGUGCAGGGACGAGCGCUAAACGCUUUCUCUGACUCUGCUCUCUUUGAUCACUUUACAUGCCAGAAGCCCAAAAUCCGCAACAGGAAGCUACAGCAGAUAUCCGCCCGCGAGGGGCAGGUGGUGUCAUUUAUAUGCAGAGCAGAAGGAGAGCCAACACCUGUGAUAUUCUGGAUCUCUCCUCAACGCCGCCGCAUCACCACAAAGAGCAGCGGCCGCCUCACUGUGCUACCAGAAGGCACAUUAGAAAUACGGUACGCACAGGUGACAGAUAGUGGGACUUACAUCUGCAUAGCCAGCAAUGCAGGUGGGAAUGACACCUAUUUUGCCACUCUAACAGUUAGUGGGCUGCCACUAGAUGCAGCACUCAUGGCCAACCGUACCUACUAUGCUGGGGACCUUAAUGACACAAACCUAAAUGACACUAGAGUCUUCUUGAAGUUUACUCUGGACCUAAAAACCAUCCUCAUAUCCACAGCUAUGGGCUGUAUCAUGUUCCUGGGGGUGGUGCUCUUCUGUUUCAUCCUGUUGUUUGUGUGGAGUCGAGGUAGAGGGCAGCACAAGAACAAUUUCUCUGUGGAGUAUUCAUUCAGAAAGGUGGAUGGACCUGCUGCUAGUGGAGGACAGGGUGGAGCACGCAAGUUCAACAUGAAAAUGAUUUGAUUAUGGAGAUCUAUAUUUUUAUGUUUUUUUUUUUUGUUUUUUUUUAGCAUUUUUUCCUUCAUGAUUUUAUAAGCAGUCUGGAGGAAGGACAUGAACAGAAAAGCAGUGAAAUGAACCUUUAUGGGUGCAAAACACUAAAUGAAACUAUUUAUAGGACAUUUCACAAGGCAAGGUUUUGUCCUUAAAAUACUGUGUAUAUAUAUAUAUAUGUAUAUAUACAUAUAAAAAAAGAUCUGUAUGGACUAUAAAUAUUUUGUACUGCUUUGUUCUGGGUUCACAUUAUACUCAGGGGCGUGUCAAGAGGUUUAGUCAGGGGUGGCCCAGGCCACAUUCAAAUUUUGAUUGGCCUUCAAAAUCCUAAACGAUAGCUAUGUCCCAAUUCAGGGGCUGCAUCUUUCAGAUGUUGCAUUUUAAGACAGAUUCAGUUCUCACUGUAGUGCAUCACACACAGUCCUAUUAUAAAUACAGCCUCCUUCUUACAGGCAAUGAAAGACCCAUCUGGUGCAUUGUGCACGGUCCAGUAUAGCCCAACAUUCAUCACACCUCGCUUUAAACAAGCAGGCAGACUCUUGAGUGACCAAGUAAUACAAUUUUAAAGGUGCGGUGUGCAAUUUUUAGCCAAGAAACAUUUAGCGAAACAGACUUGAUAAAAAUGAAACAUAAUAUGUAUAAAUACGCCUAUCUUAAUUACUGUUUAAUAAACUAUUACUUAUUUACUUAGACUAAGCCUUUUAGUCAUACAUAAGGAGGGUCCCCUCCAUGGACUCCACCAUCUUGGAUUUUUACAUCUUGCAUGUUUCUAGAGUACCACAGAAGGAAAAGAAUAACAGAAACACAUUUUUUUUAAAUUCAGCUGGUUGCUGAGGAUUACAACUCUGAUUACAACUAGAAGUAAAAUCCUCAGCUGCUCGUCAUCCUCAGAGCUAUACGAAAUUUUCAAAACUUUCACAAUAACUACUGAACUACGCAGGACUUAAGACUCAGUGGAUGAGUAUUGAAAUCUGGUACCAACUUAGUACCAGUACCAAUGCAUCUGAUACCUACCAUAACGGAUUACAAGACAGAUUUCGGUGCUUUUUUUCUGUACCUUGCUGCGCCAUCACUCCAAGGCAAAGGCAUGAAAUACGUUAUUAGAAGAAGUUAUGCCUGUUUCAUUGACUUACAUUUUUUUUGGCAUGUAUUUCUGAAUCAUUUACAAGACAGAGAAAGCUUUUAUUCAGCAAAACAUUUUUUCUCUUAAAAGAACCGAUUCAGGCAAUGUUCAGGCACCAGCACCUUGUAAUCAGUAUCGAUUUAGCGUUGGUAUCAGAAAAAACCCAAACGUGGUACCCAAUAGGUGAUAGGUGCAAUAUUAAACUUGAGCCUUUGUUGAAACGAUCUCAACAUGAACACCAAUAACUGGUGCAACUUAUGGCUGGACAGUGAGUUGCGCUAACAGGAAAUCCUCUGUGGACCAGAGUGUCCACCCUGAAUUAGGACCCAGCUAAAAAUGGCUGUUUGAGGAUGGACUAGUGUCAAUAUUUGGGCUGUUGCACAAGGUGCCAUUAGCUUUCCUUGCUUUCAAUGUGGCACGUUUGUUUUAAACUGUUACUUUUAAGAAACAUAACAGAAAAAAGUAAAUGCACAAGCAGAUUAAAAGGUAAUAAUACUACAAGACUGGUUGGUCCAUAUAAAAAGAGGUGUUGUAGGAUGGAUAAACAAUGAAACAAGGCACUGUACUUGCAAAGUAACCUGAAUUAUAGGGUAAAAAGGUGUAAUAUGAAUCGCGCUUCUGUCCAUUUCUCUAAAUCUAAAAAUGUUCCAACUGCCUGAUACAUUUUUUAUUAAGCUCCAGAUUAUAGUCAAGUCCCAAAAUUUCCACUUCCUCCAUUUCUGCAGAAAAAGUGAACCCUUCCGUUAACAUAGUGUCCCAGUUUUUCCAGGGUCACGACCUCUGAGAUUACUAGUCAUCCACAUCGGAGUAUUUGGAGGAUGAUCCAUUUCUCCAUUAUCGCUUUCCUUGCUAGCAUUUAAAGAGAUUGGACCACACCGUAAUUUUUCUAAGAGACACAGAGCUCUUUCCAAGUAAACAAAGAAUUGGGUUUACUGACACCUGCUGACCUAUUGCUGUGAUAACACCUGCACAUACUGCCUUCCAAAAUAUUUGAAUUUUUUCACAUUACCACAGACAAUGCUGCUGUGAUUAUUUGAGAGAGAAAGCCUUGAUAAAUGCUUGUCAUUCAUGUGUGCACAUACUUAAAGCAUUCCUUGCUUAACCCUUGGAGGGUUUUUGCAUUGUUUUUCUGCCUGUAUUUUUAUGCAUAAAUGUAGAAUUUAAAUCCUUUUGUGAACGAUAAAGUUAUAGGCUUCUACUUUUUCAGGACAAUCUGGACUAUCAGAGUAUGUGUAAUGCAAGGAUGUCAGAUGAAUGCAUCAAAAGUUAUAUGACCAGAAAGACCAAGCAAGAAUGAAAUGGAAACUGAAUCUCUAAGAACUUUAUACAAAUCUCAACCAGAUCAUCAAUCAACAAGCUUUUUCACAUCUGCGUUUAGUUCUUUCAGGCCUUGUCUAUCAGGAGAAAAUAUAACAACCUGCUAACAAAUACGCAACAGAAACUAUCAGUAUCAUUUAUUCAUAAAAUCUAUUCACAUUUUGCACACAUGUGGUAUUCCAGUGUGCAUGAAUCACAUUGUAGGAGCUCAAACGUCUGAAUUUCAUGAUUUGGGCCAUAGAGGACGAGUUUUCUUACCUUUCCAAACUGGCAGAUAACUAUCUUGUCUCUCGUUGAUCUUUGGUUGGCCCUGAUUGGCCACUACCAUUAAGAAAAUAAUAGAGGAAAAAAAAUUGGAGCCUCAUGAUUGGCCAACAGGCUAACAGGAAGCUGUUGUAUGUACUGCCAGAUUCAAAAUGGAGGACUUAUCGCAACACUGCUAAGUUUUUCAUUUCAAAAAAUGUAAUAAAUGGUCACAUUAUCAUGGAUUUAGCAAUGUGGAUUUGUAGUAUCAGAGCUCUAAAUAAACACCACACUUUGUGCCUGGAUAUAAAAUGUUGUAGAAGGGAUACAAAUGCCAUGAGCCGCAUAUAGAUUGGCAAAAAGGGAAGCUUCAGAUCACAAUAUACUCCUUUAAAAUGUGUCUUAGGGUUCCUGAGAAUUUGUAAACAACAUGUGAUAUCUCAUAGGAUCAUCAGCAGAGUUCAGAGGGUUAAAUCAUUGCCCGUCUUUGGCCACCAGAGAAAAAAAAAAAGUCUGGACACGCCCCUGAUUAUUCUACAGAUGAAAGCUGGAUUACAGUUAAAGAUGUCUUAAAUGUAAUGAGACUGUUAAAGGACCAAGCAACAAACGCACUCAGAGUCCCAGAAGUCUUUAACCUCAACAAAGCUUUUGCCAACUCUGUCCUUCCUCUCUACAAGGAACUCUGUCCUCCUCAUGCUGAAAGGACUUCACCCCUGUGCUCUGUCUGAGCUGAUUCAAGCUCCUCGUCUCCAAACUCAUGAAUACAUUAUUGUUAUAGGGUGGUGCUCAGUGAAUGCCAAGGACUUGCCAAUAAGUAUUUGAAUAGUUCCAGCUACAUACUGCGUAUCUAAACUUAUUUACAGUCAGGAAUUUAGAGCAUUCUUAAGACUAAAUAUAGAAGCUCUGCUUUUUUUUCUGAUGCUAGAUUUGUACAGAAUACAUUAGAUACUGAGAGCCGACUCUCUGCAACACUGCCAGUGUGACCGUAAAGCACCAUGUAACAUCAAUGCAAUGCCAUUUUCUCUGUCAACAUCUUAAAGUUGUAAUUAUUUAACUAAAAAUGAAACUCUAAACUACCCAACAUGCAUCUGUGCAUAGAAACAGAUGCACACUUGCAAUGCUUGGUUUUCCAUUGUUGUCUAAAUUGGAAGAUGAAUGCAUGUACAGAGUUAGAGCCUCACUUUGAACAAUGUAUAUUUGUAAAUGAAACAUUUAUUGGGGUGUGUUUGUCCCAAAGUUGAUCAGCUCAUACUGUAUAAAAAGUCUAUAUACUGUAUAACAUGUACCAUAUAUAUUGUAAAUAUUUAUAUUUAAAUCUUUGUGGUUGUUUAAAGUACAGUUAUGUGAGUUCUACUGUUACUCUAAUCUUAAAUUCUCCAGAGCUUUUUUCACUCCUACCUUGAAAUGUCAUCAGAUAGAUAUUAACACUGAGACCUGCCUGCUCACUCCCCGGGCUAUCACACUAAAUCAUGAAGGGCAUUUACAUCAGGUUUCAGUUCUCUUGCCUAUUUUUGGCCAUGAGUGACAGCAGGGAGGCUCAGCUGACCAGCAGGGGAAUGAGUUAAACUGGUUCUCAUCAGGACAUUGAUGUGUUUGAUAGAUGCAGGGAGAGAAAAUGCUAAUGUGAUAAGGACCUUGAUGACUUGAGCAAAGGUCACAAUGAAAUGGAGCCGAUGUACUCGAUGAGGACACAACUCAAUUCAAUAAACAUAAAUGGCCCAUAUGAUAGCUGUACAACAUUUGUUAAAGUUGGUGGAAAUGGUUACUAGGGUGUCAUUUAAUCUCUAAUCAUAAAUUAGCAUGUUUAAAUGGUGCAAUGGAUGUUUCUGUGCUCAUACUUAAAGCAAAAGAGUUUUUUUUUAUAAUGGUCAAAACAGUUUCUGUGACAAAGAAGAUGAUAUACUUUCUUUGAUUCUUUCAUAUGAAUUUGCAGUCACAGCUUUUAAACACAUGGCCUCGAGCAGCAUCUGUUUUAGUGAAAGCAGGAACAGUUUUUCACAGUACAGCUGAUAUGAAUUGGAAAGAGAGAGAAUUAAUCCUUAAAAAUCUGCUUAAAAUUGUUUAAGUUUAAAAGUUUGUCUCUUGAUUGUUGGGUUAAGGCCUUUAAAACAAAUAACACAAGCUUAAAUGCCAACGCUUCCUGAUCACCUUCAUCUGCAGUACUUCUACGGUGUUACUCUGCUGCCCUCUGUUGGCAACAGAUGAUACUAAACUGUGAUAUUCCCUAUGUAACCAAAAGGUGUAUGUGUAUAGAUAAUGAACCUCUUUUGCAGGGUCAAACAAGUCCCACAUUGCCUCAUCCAGUGUCUUUGUUCAUCUGCAUUCAUCUGGCACAACAAAUGUUUCACAUUAAAGUUAUUAUUCCCAUUGCGGGAUUACUGUGGAUAUAUAACCUGACUGAUGUGACAUCAGUGAAGCCUCCUCUCAGACAAACCACUGAUGAUAUUCACAUUCAACUGUACUGAACCCAUCCUGUAAAUAUGACAGCCAUUGUGUCAGGAAAUUGUGUGACUGUUUUGUAUUGUAUUGUUUUAUAAAAAAUCAAGCACAUUGUUUAUAAAGCAUGCUGUAUUAUCUUCUAUAAUGGUGUCUCGUCUCCUGUCUUGUUUUUUUUAUAGCAGU